AUCAGAAAGCUUGACUAUGGACAACAUGUUGUAUCAGGUACACCGGGUCGUGUAUUUGAUAUGAUUAAAAGACGUGUACUUAGAACACGAGCUAUAAAAAUGUUGGUAUUGGAUGAAUCAGACGAAAUGUUGAAUAAAGGCUUCAAAGAACAGAUUUAUGACGUAUACCGAUAUCUACCACCUGCGACGCAAGUUGUCCUAGUAUCAGCUACGUUACCGCACGAGAUUUUAGAAAUGACAAGUAAAUUCAUGACAGAUCCCAUACGUAUUCUUGUGAAACGUGAUGAAUUGACAUUAGAAGGAAUUAAACAAUUCUUUGUCGCUGUAGAACGAGAAGAAUGGAAAUUCGACACACUAUGUGACUUAUAUGAUACAUUAACAAUAACACAAGCAGUGAUAUUUUGUAACACGAAACGUAAAGUGGACUGGCUGACGGAAAAGAUGCGAGAGGCGAACUUCACUGUGUGUUCCAUGCAUGGAGAUAUGCCGCAGAAGGAGCGAGACAACAUAAUGAAAGAAUUUCGGUCCGGUGCGAG